UGACUAAUGGCCUCGUUAAUUAAAAGCUAUUCUAUUCCUUCAUCAUCGUAUUUCAUCAUCAGAUCAAUGGCUUCCCAGCUGAUCGAGGAGCAGCGCAGGGGCGCCGAGAUCCACAAGGGGCACGGCGUCUGCAGGCAGCACCUGGUGCCGUUGCUCAAGGACCUCUCCCUCCCGGAGGGCAUUUUGCCGCUGGAGGACAUCGAGGAGUUCGGCCACAACCGCGUCACCGGCUUCGUGUGGCUGAUCCAGAGGAAGAAGAAGAACCACAUGUUCGAGAAGAUCAAGCAGCUUGUGUCGUUCGCCACCGAAGUCACCGCCUUCAUCGAGGACCGCAAGCUGAAGAAGAUAACCGGCAUCAAGGCGCGGGAGCUGCUCAUCUGGCUCACCGUUAAGCAAGUGGGCGUCGACGAGCAGUCGACCGAGAAGGUCGUCUUACUGACCGCCACGGGGUUGUCCAAGUCCUUCCCCAAGUCCGCUUUCGAGCCGGAACCGUGACGGGAAGGGAGAGAGACAGAGCUUCCUUUAAUUGCUAAGUUGCUGUGGAUCAUGUAUAUGCUUCCAUGUAAGCUUAAUUAACCUGGUUAACAGCUUCAAUAAAUGAUGUGUCCGCAUAAAUAUAAGGAAUAAAUUUGAUGUUCUACUAA